GGCCACCUUCGGUCAGGGCAGGAGCGCGGCCCGGAGGCAGAGGGAUGUCUUUCUUUGGGCUGCACCGCCUGGGUUACCAAAAGCCACUGGGAGCCAAGCGGAUUAUCAGGGACCUGGGAGCCCAAAUGGGGGACCAGGGCUGCAGGUCAGCGGGCACCCCCAAGUUGCCUCCAAUCACCCCCAGAGAUGAGGACCGCUCCCAGCACCAAGGCAGCCUCGACGUGUACAAGAGGCUUGUCCGGAAGAGGCAGCUCAAAAACUUUCCCAAUCAGGUCUUCCGGAUCCCAGUGACUGAAGGCCAGAACUGCAGCUUUUGGUGGAAGCAGGAUACAGGGGGGCGAUGGGAGAGGGCAGGGGUGGGGUGGGCUUAUACCCCUGCCCACCCACUCAUCGGGAGUCCCAUUACCAGGUUUGUGGAUCACAUGCAAUUGACGGACAGAACCUCCUACCUCUUUUGAAGCAGGGCCAGAGGGGGCAGCGGAUUGCAGCCCCUUGAGGAGGGGGCCCUGGGGAGGCCCCUGGAAUAAACAGCUUUAUUUAACAGAAA